UUGCGAAGCGAAACCACUUUCCGUUCAGGCCGGUCCCUCUUCUCCCUUCCGCCACCUCCUCCGCCGCCGCCGCCGCCGCCGCCGCCGCCGCCGUAACCGCCGCUGCAACCGCCGCCGCUCCACCGCGGAACGCACAGGCCGGCUUGCGCUCGGGUUGCCUCGAGGAGAGGAGCGAUCGCGGAAAGGGGAAGCAGGAAGGGAGAAUCGGCGAGAGAGAUGUGGUACCUGUGCGUGUUCUACCACCGGUUGCUGGAUUACCGGAGACCGGAGGUCGAGUCCCUCGCCCGGAUGUUCGGGGCGUUCGAUUCCGACGACGGCGGCGGGGCGGAGCAUCUCGAGUGGCGGAUCCCGGAGCACCACCAUCCCGACUCCCCUUUCCACUUCGUCGACCUCCCUUCCGAGGACGUCGCUCGUGACGUCGCCAAUCGAAGUAUACUUGUCAAGGGUAUUUAUGAACUCUGGGGAGAAGGGGACAGCUAUGAAGAACUAGAAGAUGUGAUUAAAAAUUACCCAGAUGAGCGUAAGCUACCAUAUCUGACUUCUGAAAGCACGUUCAGAAUCACGGUUGACAGUUUUGGGAAGGUCAUUAGCUUUCAGGAGCAAAAUGAACGCAUUCAAAGUCUUACAUACAUCCCAUUCAAGGGACGAGUCAAUCUAAGGAAUCCAGAGCACAAGUUCUGGCUCAUGGAAACAGAUGAUUAUGGAGCCAACAAUGGUCUCCCUCCAGUGGUUAAGAAGAGGAUAUUUUUUGGCCGUGAAGUUGGUAGUGCUGACCGGAAGCUUUUGCCCACAUAUCAGCUCAAAAGUCGAACCUACCUUGGCCCUACUGCUAUGGAUGCAGAAAUGGCUUUCUUGAUGGCCAAUCAAGCAAUGGUAAAACCAGGGAAACUUGUUUAUGAUCCUUUUGUUGGCACUGGAAGCAUUCUUAUUGCCGCAGCUCAUUUUGGAGCAAUGACCAUGGGUGCAGACAUUGACAUUAGGGUAGUACGUGAUGGGCGUGGACCUGAUUGUAAUGUCUGGAGUAAUUUUAAGCAGUAUGGAUUGCCUAUGCCGAUUGGUUUGUUAAGGGCCGAUAAUAACCUCCCUCCAUGGCGUCCUGGGUUAAAAGAAGUAUUUGAUGCCAUAAUCUGUGAUCCACCUUAUGGAGUUCGUGCUGGAGGACGCAAGUCUGGUGGCCGCAAAUUACUAAAGGGGGUUGUGGGCCCUUACACCGUUCCCGAUGACAAGAGGACAGAUCACAUACCAUCAACUGCAGCUUACAGCUUGGUAGAAUGUGUGCACGAUUUGCUUGACAUUGCUGCUAAAAUGCUCAUACUCAAUGGCAGGCUAGUGUUCUUUUAUCCCGUUUUGAGAGAAGACGAGUCCGCAGAAAACCAUUUCCCCGAGCACCCUUGUUUCAUAUUGGUUUCAGCAUCGGAACAGAUAUUAAGUUCACGAUAUAGCCGGGUUUUACUCACAAUGGUGAAGAGAGGUCCUUACACCAAGGAAAUCGAAGAAGCAGCUAGGCUUAAACAUCUGGAGUUCAAGGAAAACCACCUAAAGUGGAUGGAAGACGGUAAUCUUCAUUCUGCAGUUUUUAGCCCUGGUGAGUCGGUAUGCGUCGCGGAGGGCGACACCAAAGUUAGUAAAGAAACAAAGCCGAAGUAUAGAGGGAAAUAUGUGUAGUGCAGUCCUCCUGAAAGCAGAAUCUAACAGGCUAUUAGGCUAGAAAGAGAGAUUUAUUGACGAGGGAGUGAAGUUUAUGGACUUAUGAUGCAGAGCCCUCUCGUCAGUUUUAGCAAUUCAAUUUACCGAUGCAUUUUGUUCCUUCUCAGUAUAAAAGAGACGACACUGCCUUCCACACUGAUUCCAUUUUAGUUUACAUGUAUUCCUGGCACUCAAAAUUUGUGCAUCUUAGUAAGUUGCAAUCCAAGUGAUCAUUAAUCCGAGUCU